CUCCGCCUUCAAGUCCAAACAAGGCUGCUUGCUGACCAACACUAUCUCGCUGCUCGCUGCUCGCUGCAUCUCCAUCUGUUGCUUCUGCAAAUUCAAGUAUACCAAACGCAGAACAAGUCUAUUCUGCUCUUCUUUUAUCGAGCAGUUGGAGUUUCAAAUCUGGGUCAAUGUUGCAUGCAGUCUCUACCACUAUACCUUGCAUUUCCUGUCCAAGAAGUUCUCUCUUUCAGCAAAGGCUAGUUUCCACUAGGCUGUCUGUACGUGCUUCGUUACCAGAUAACAGCAAUGGAGUUAAAGUAGAGUAUACCCCUUGGCUAAUUGUUGGAUUGGGAAACCCUGGAAAUAAGUACCAUGGCACUAGGCACAAUGUAAUUAAAUGCAGAUUCUUAUGUCAGGUUGGUUUUGAAAUGAUUGAUCAAAUUGCUCAAGCAGAAGGUGUUGUGAUGAACACAAUUCAAUCGAAGGCAUUGAUUGGAAUAGGUUGCAUCAAAGAGGUUCCAAUUCUUUUGGCAAAACCUCAGGCAUACAUGAACUUCAGUGGGGAAUCGGUUGGACCACUUGCUGCCCAUUAUCAGGUGCCUUUGCGUCAUAUUUUAUUGAUCUAUGAUGAGAUGAGCCUACCUAAUGGUGUCGUGAGGAUUCAGCCAAAAGGAGGACAUGGCCAUCAUAAUGGAGUGAAGAAUGUGAUCGACCAUCUGGAUGGUUGUCGUGAAUUUCCUCGAUUGUGUAUUGGUAUUGGAAAUCCACCUGGCACCAUGGACAUGAAAGCUUUUCUUCUACAGAAGUUCAGUUUAACAGAGAGAGAACAAAUUGAUGCAGCAUUAGAACAAGCGACUGAGGCAGUGAGGAACCUGGUGCUAAAUGGAUUCAACCAAAGUAUGACUAGAUUUAAUCUGGGGCAAAAAUACAAGUAUCACAAGGUCUGAAUCCAACAGGCUGCUGAAUGAUUCAAGCAAAUUAUCACCAGAUUAAUCUGUGGAUAAAAUACAAGUAUCACACAGUUUCAAUCCAACAGGGUGCUGAUGGAUUCGACCAAAGUUUCACCAGAUUUAGUCUGGAGCAAAUAUGCAAGCAUCACAGUUUUAGAAUCUUAGUGGUCGCAUAUGGGAUUGAAUUGGGAUCCUUAUUUUUUUUUAACCUAUAGAUGAAAGUUCUUGUCCUUGCAGUAACUGCCAUACGUAGAUGCUUUGCAAUGUAAUGUUUGUGUCAGCUUAGGUUAUUUUCUCUUCGCUUUCUCUCCCCUCCUCCCUCCCUUCUCCCCCUUAUCUUAGACAAUGUGUUCCAUUCAGUUUACGGGACAUAAAUGAAUUCGUGACGCCACUUCUCUUU